AUUGUUUGGAACGAUGCUUUGUUGUGUAGCUUCAUUUGUUACUUGAGAUUUCGUUAAGUUGUUCAAGAAAGAAAAGCUUUAUGAGUCUUAUUCUCAAAGCACGACUACAUAAAAUUUGAAAUGUUUUAGACAACAAGAAGGUGAUUUUUUGGUGAUGAGUACUUGUUCGUUUGGAAAAAAAGGCAACUUUCAGUAGGUGCACAGCAUAAACAAGAACGACGUCCUGCAAAUAAACAGUUUGCUCAACAAUUACUUUUACAACAGAGACUUGGCUCCAAUAAAAAGCAAAUUGAAAUCUUUUCCCUGUCGAUUGCACUGUGGAUAGCUAGCAGUUGGAAGAGACAAGCUGUUCUUCUCUUUAAGACUAUCAUUCUGGAAGACUUCAGUUGUGUUCAACCAUCAUCCCACACUUGAGUAACCAACCUCUUCCAUCGAAUUCACUUGGAAAUAUGCUCUGCAAUACUGAAUGCAACGAAUGUUACAACUUACCUGCUCAAACUUUAAAACUCAAAAUAUGGCUCCAAAUGAUUCCAUUUUUGAAGAUUUCUAUAAACCAAAAGAAAGUCAUAUCCAUGGCUUCGUAUUGCUUGUGAAAAAUCACACAAUUUAAUUGUACGGCGUCGAAGACAUAAAAGGUCGGUUGGCUACAUUUCCGUCGAGCUAUCUUGUUGAGAGUAUCGUUGUGCUUGGCUAAAAGACUAUGGGAGCCUAUAAGUAUAUGCAAGAAUUAUGGAGAAAGAAGCAAUCUGACGUAAUGCGCUUUUUGUUACGUGUACGAGCUUGGGAAUAUCGACACUUGCCUUCGGUUCACCGAGCCUCUCGUCCUACGCGUCCAGAUAAAGCCAGGAUGCUCGGUUACAAAGCAAAGCAGGGAUUCGUUAUCUAUAGAGUAAGAGUUCGUAGAGGUGGUAGAAAGAGACCGGUCCCAAAGGGUAUCCAGUAUGGCAAACCCAAGAAUCAAGGUAUCACACAACUCAAGUUUAAGAGAAAUAAGAGAUCAGUGGCUGAAGAGCGCGCUGGAAGAAGAUGUGGUAACUUGAGAGUCUUAAACUCGUACUGGAUCAAUCAAGACGGAAUUUACAAGUAUUUUGAAGUGAUCCUUGUCGAUCCCAAUCACAAAGCUAUUCGAAGAGACCCGAGGAUACACUGGAUUUGCAAACCAACCAUGAAACACCGUGAAAGACGCGGCCUAACGUCAGCAGGAAGAGCCCACCGUGGCCUUCGUCGUAAGGGACUUGGCGUAGCCAAAGUUAGACCAAGUGUCAGAGCAAACUGGAAACGUCGAAAUACCUUGUCACUCAGACGAUAUCGAUAAACAACUGAUGGUUCGAACUUUCAUCAGUAAAGAAUUUCUUUUUAUCUUAUUCGAUAGUCUUAAGGUUUGUUGAAUGAAUGGGUUUACUACACA